AGCAGCUGAGCCGGCCGGCCAGCCGGGUCCGCAGCCCCGAUCUCCGCGCGCGGGGCAGCCGCGGGGGAGCACGGUCUCCGGUUGGGACGCGUGCCGCGCACUAGGCACCGCCCGAGCACGAGCCGGGCUGCACGAAAAUCCCCUGCGUGCCCUCCUCGCUUGCCCUACAAUGAGUGCCAAGUCUGCCAUCAGCAAGGAAAUUUUUGCACCUCUCGAUGAAAGAAUGCUGGGAGCUGUCCAAGUCAAGAGGAGGACAAAGAAAAAGAUUCCUUUCUUGGCAACCGGGGGUCAAGGCGAAUAUUUAACUUACAUCUGCCUGUCAGUGACAAACAAGAAACCCACGCAGGCAUCUAUCACGAAGGUCAAACAGUUUGAGGGCUCCACAUCAUUCGUCCGAAGAUCCCAGUGGAUGCUUGAGCAGCUCCGCCAGGUUAAUGGUAUCGAUCCUAAUCGGGAUUCUGCAGAGUUUGAUUUGUUGUUUGAAAAUGCCUUUGACCAGUGGGUUGCUAGCACGGCCUCAGAAAAGUGCACCUUCUUCCAGAUCCUCCACCAUACCUGCCAGAGGUACCUCACAGACAGGAAGCCAGAGUUUAUUAACUGCCAAUCUAAAAUUAUGGGAGGAAACAGCAUCCUCCAUUCAGCUGCUGAUAGUGUGACCAGUGCCGUACAGAAGGCAAGCCAGGCCUUGAAUGAGCGCGGGGAACGGUUAGGCCGAGCAGAGGAGAAGACAGAAGACAUGAAGAACAGUGCCCAGCAGUUUGCAGAAACCGCACACAAGCUCGCCAUGAAGCACAAAUGUUGAGAAACUGCCUAUCCUGGUGAACCUCUAAAGAAAACGGAAGAGUUUGUUCAGCAGUGAUUACAGGAAUUCCAGAGUGCUGCUGCUUUCUUUUUGUUGUUUGUUUGUUUGUUUGUUUGUUUUUUUUUCCAGUAACUGGACAUUGAGUGGUUUUGGUUUUUCAUUUUUGAUAUGUUAAUAAGAAUGAAAACGUGUUGUGUUUAUAUAUUUCCCUAUCUUGCUAAGAAAUGCUGCAAUAGCAUCAGCUUCAUUUUUAUUUUUCCAUUUUGUGUGUGUGUGUGUGUGUGUGUGUGUGUUUUCCUUGUGGAGGAAAAUUGUUUUUGUAGUUUGAAUAUGAAAUUCAGACUAAAUGAUAAGCCAGGUCUAAACUAACAAAAUGUAUUUUUCUUUCCCUCUGAAACUAAGCAACAAAACAGUUAAAUAUGCUGGCAUCAGAUGAUGGUCCUAGAUAAAAUUAAAAGUCAAGCAGCGGUUUCACUUUCCUAGUUCUCUUAAUUUAAAGAGCAAAAUUUAAAUUUAGUAUCCUGGGACUUAAGUCUGUGUUAUGGAAAACACGUUUAUCAGGGAAAAUAGCAGCAUAGGAUUUUGCUCUUUGCAUAUUAAUCUUUGUGCAUGACCCGUCACAAGCAUUCACAAAACUAAUCAGAAUCACAAAUAGAAAUCUACUUUCUGGGCUAAAGCUUAAACAUUUCUGCUCCUUCUUUCCAGUCUGAUUAGUUGGAAUUUUCAUAUGAAGGAUAAAAAUUUGAGUGUAGAGACCCACAGAAAAACCUACUUUAAAACCUCUUUGUCUUUAUGGAUGUUUCUUUUGUCAUUGUCCCAAAUUAUAGUAACUGACAUGGGGGAGUUAUACUUCUAACAAAAAAUAAUUUAGCUAGGGUCAGUGAGGAAGCUCAGUGGAUGACGGUGCUUAUAGCAUAAACCUGAGGAUGACCAGACUCCACAGAGUUGACCUCUGACCUCCACACACAUGUCAUGACACACCAUAUCAAACACAUACACAAAUACAACAAUAAUAAUGAAUAAAGUAAAAUAAAAAUAAAUGAUUUGUCUAUGUAAAAGUCUAUGUAAAUUAUAAUGUGAAAAGAUGCUACUUUUACUUUUUUCUCUUUUUACGAAGCCAUGCCCAGUGUCCGAGGCACUCUCACAGCAGCAUUGGGAAAGGACCUUUAGCUUCUUGGUAUCUGGGUUUUGGAGGUUUAGAUAUUGUUUUUGUUUUCAGUUUGUGUGUGUCAUUUAACAUGUGCUUCUUGACAGGUUACAUACUUGUGGGUUUGAACUUGCCUGUUCUGGUACAGGCAGCAUGGUUAGGAGCCUUUACACUGCUGUCAGGUUGAACAGAAUCUCUUCCAUACCUUUGGAUUCUGUGUUGCUCAAAGUAAUACUGCACUUAGACUGUGUAAGUUUUGUUUUUUUGGAGGGCUAAAAGCUAAACAUAAAAACAAAAAAAAAAAUCUAUGCUUGUUCCUCAUAAAGCAAUGAGGCAAGCUACACAUGCCAGAUACUCACGGCAAUGCAUGGAGUUUUCAGCUGCUGGGUCUUCAGGACCCUGUCAUUCUUUCCUGUCCACUGAGUCACCUGUUUAUGUGUGAUGUAGCCUCUGACACAGCAGCAUAAGAUGACUUUAGAUUACUAAUGCUGAUUUAAAUAGCUUAAGUUCUCCUGAUAAUGCAUCCCAGAGAAAGAGCACAUGGUCAGUGGAAUAUCAUAGGUAUGAUGUCAGGAGGACGGGAUUUGCUGCAAACAAGUUUGUGAAUCCUCUUGGGCUGAUAGUCCAGUUGAAGAGCAUACUGUAAAAUGUAUAUUGUGGGCUAAGAAUGUUUACUGUAUCUUAUACUUUCCUUUAGGUGUCUUAAUAUUUUAAAUAAGCCAGGAACAUGGCGUCUGCUGACUAUUGAUUGGAACUAUCUGAUUUCUAAAAAGAUAAAAAUAAAAAGCCCCCAAAUAUCACUCCAAAUUGGUUUCAUUUGCAGACUUUAGCUCAGAAAAUAUGCAUACUCAUCUUCCAAAACUGGAUUCUAGUUUCAGAGAGUUGGUAUAAAUAGUGAGAGCAGUAGUCUAACUUUCCUCACACAACUCAAGAAUAAAAUUAGUUGUCUGCUACCUGACAAGAGCUUGGGGACAGCUGUGUCUGAAGGGGCAGAGGGUGAGGCCGUGUGCGUACUGUGAAAGCUGAGGCUUCCUCCUCAGCCUAAUUCUUAUAGGUGCCCUUCACCUGCCCUCUUUCCAUUCUCUCUGUUGACCCCAUUAGGCCUAAAUCUUGUUAGAAAUAGCCUGGAAUGGAAGAAAAGCCUGCCUGGAGCUUUGUUAGCUUCCUCUACUGAUCAGUCAGCUUCCAGGCCAUCACUAUGACCUUGACUUGUGGUGAAUCCUGCUUGUCCUCCACCAAACAUGGAGCUCUAACAGCAAUUGCUGCCCCUCUUCAACCGUCCAGCCUCAUGCAGAGAAGCCCCUGACAACAAAUGUGAAAUUCAUUUCUGUCCUUUUGUAGAAGGCGCUGCAAUAGGAAAUACUAACGCAGUCUAACCCACAGAACUUUGCUAAGAGGACUCCUGUCAUUUGGGACCAAGUCAUUUGGUUGAGCUUGCUAGAAGAUUUCGUGUUCAUAUCUGCACUUCACUAUGAAUUUUGGAAAUGCCGUCUUUCUCUGAAGGUCUUUACAAGUUAUCUUGACAAUGCAUAAAAAAAAGGAGCUUGCCAGUGUUUCUACUUCUUCCUGGAAUGUAGCUGUAGCUUCACUAGAAUGAUGAGAGGUCUAUGUACAGGAACUAUGCAGUUAUUCAGGUUGAUGUUUCACUAGAAUGAUUAGAGAUCUAUGUACAGGAACUAUGCAGUUAUUCAGGUUGAUGUUUCAUUUCAAAGAAUGUAUUUGUAAAUGUAACAAGAUCAGUAGCUAACUUUUUUUUUAAGGUCUGAUAAAAGUAAGAUUAUGUGUUAGACUUAAAAUUAUAGUGAAAUCUGUCUUAUACUAUUGUGACUAGCACAGGUUAUGCAUUUCUGUAGAAACAUUUACAAAGUUCCCUAAAUAAGAGAAACUAGUUGAGCUAGGUUUUACUCCUAACUUGCAGAAUUGUGAUGCUGUUAAUGUGUGUUGUUCUUGGUUCCUCAGAAAUUCUCUCUGCCUUUCAGCACCGUUUUUGUUUCCUUCAGAGACGAGUAACAGCUGUUCUGUUGGUUCACUAUUUCAGCAACUCGAACUUUGUCAUUAAAUAUUUUAACUCUGUGGUGGAA